CGGGCCCGGGCAACUGCCCCACCGCGGCCGUACUCUGCCGCCGCCGCAGGGUGUCCCCAGGGGCAGCACCACCCUGUCCCGGGAGCCCCGGUUCGCUUCGGGACCCGUGGAGCCCGUGGGUUGCCGCGUGAAGCGGGGAGGCUCUCCCGGCUACUCUCUGGGGCUUCGCUCCCGGGGAUGUGGUAUCCCCAGGCCAGGGGUUGCUGCCUGCCUUGGGUCCUGCCCGAGACAUGGCUGUGUGGCAAUUCCACCGCCCCCCACAGCUGCUUGGUGCGAGGAGCGGGGCAUGGGGCGAGGGCUGUCCUUCUUCCAGCUUCUGCUCCCCGCAGCACCACAGCCCUGCUGCUGCCCCCCGCUUGUGCCCCUGUCUCCUUUGCAGCUGCUCAGCGUCAGCCCAGCCUGUGCACCCCAGGCUUCAGGUCGGUCUCGGCUGCGAUGCAGCUGGGCAGAGGAGGUAACACUGAUCCUGCCCCGCCAUGGUGCUUCACGGAGAGCAGGGAGAGCAGCUCGCUGUACUCGGAUGAUGAGCAGUGAAUAACAUGGGAACAUGCUCAGCAGAGAGCAGCAUGAACCGCCCGCUUCCUGUACCCCUGCCUGUCUGUCUGUUCCCAUGAGGGCUGCGCUCUGGGUGUGGGACGCUGUGCUCUGCGCUCUGGGAGCUGUGCUGGGCUGCACCGGCAGCUCCUGCUCUCAUGCUGAGGCUUGGUCCCAGCUGCCUGGCAGAUGGGUUCUGCUCCGAGGGCUGCACCUCCCUGCAGCGCAUGCUCACGGCCCCAUGCUGGGACAAAGCCGUCUCAGUGGUGCUGGACACUGCCUGUGCUGCUGGUUGUAAAGCUGUGGCAGUUUUGCAACCAGGAAAGCAACCUUCCUGCACCAGCCCCAGCUGGGGAGCAGUGCCAGGCAGCCAGAGGCCUGCUGGAGGUGCCAGAAGAGCCAUCACUGGCCAUGUCCUCAGCCCUGUGGGUACAUUGUCGCAGCAGCCACACGGGGAACGGUGCUCCAAGGACAGCGAGGCACUGCAGGGCUGCACGCACUGAGCUUUCAGGGGAGCCCCUCAGCACGGAGCUGCAGGCAGGGCUGCGGUAUUCUGUGGUAUUCCCCUGACAUUAGAAAGGCUCUUGCAGAAUGCUCUGGUCUGGCAUCAGCUCUUACAGUGCUUGUGAAACAGAGACUGGGAAAUACCAGGGAGCCUGGAGUGGCCGCCCUUUCCUGCAGCCUGGGAGCAGCCUCACCCCUUGCCCAGGGGCCCUGGGAGUUGGACCCUGAUGGGUGGGUGGCAGCAAAGGGGAUGGCCCAGGGCAGAGGGCAGCUGCUGGGUCUUGCCGUGUCUCACAGUGACUGUGGGUCAGGCACAGCACGGGGACAGCUGGAGAUGGCUUGAGGUUGAUGGUGGCAAGCCUUUGCCACAUAUCCCUGCCCUUCUGCCUUGAGCACCAGCCUGUGGACACAUAUGAGCCCCCCCUGUGUCCAGGCCGGAUCUGGAGGGCUGUAGGGCAGUGGCUCCACUCCUGUCAUCCCUUGCUGGGGCACGGGGGUUACACGGUGAGCUGCGGGGGACACAUCCCUGUUCAGCUGGUAAGUGGAAAUGCUCUCUGAGAGCCCACUACUGAUCCCCCCCCACCUCUGUGGGGCAGCAGCACCAAGUGGCACCAAGGGAGGUCCAUUUGUCCAUUUUGCUGCCUGGUGCCGGCCAUGGAAGCGGGACCAGCAACUCCCCUCCCCCCCGGGGCUUUGGCAGCACCACAGCCAAGGGGGAGCCCUGAGCGAGUGCUUUGGGUGCCAGCCCAUCCUUCCUGGAUGGUGCUGUGCCUGACACCUUCUCACCACCACCUGGCCAGCCAUGGUGCGGUGGUGGUAGGCUUUUCUGAGGGACUGGGGCAGGACAUUGGGGCAGGCUGUGGUUAUGGGGCUCCUUGCCCUGAGCACUGGGGCUCCUAUGGACCCCUGGGUGCCACUAGGGUGGGCAGAGCCGCCUGGCACCCGCCUGGCUGCAGUCCCCUUCCUAGCACCAGCCCUCUUGAGACCAGUGGCACCAGAACAGAGCUGUGCCUGGGCCAGCUGGGCCCCUGAUCCUAUCCUAUCCCCGCCCUCUUCUCAGCAGAGGCCCUGGUGGGGAAGAUUGCCAUCCCGGCGUACACACUGAGCGACGACGACUGCUCCUCUGGGUACCAGCAGCUGAGCGUGGAGAGCGACCCUGAGGAGGGCGGUGAGCCCGGCCCCGCGGCGCUGCCCUGCCGCCAGUGCGGGCUGCAGCUGGCCGCCAGCCUGGGGCAGAGCUGCAUGCAAUGCGCCGGCACCGAGGGCAGCCGCAACCAGCGCAUUGUCUACUCCUGCCAGCUCUGCCCCUUCGCCUCCCACUACUCCAGCCACCUCAAGCGCCACAUGAAGACACACAAUGGGGAGAAGCCGUUCGCAUGCCCGCAGUGUGCCUACGCCUCGGCCCAGCUGGUGAACCUGACCCGCCACCUGCGCACACAUACGGGGGAGAAGCCCUACCGCUGCACAGGCUGCAGCUUUGCCUGCAGCAGCCUGGGCAACCUCAAACGCCACGAGCGGGUCCACAGCCAGGACAAGCCCUUCCAGUGUGCCGCCUGCGACUACCGCUGCAACCAGAGCCGCAACCUGAAGCGACACAUGCUCAGCCACCGCCUGCCUGAAGGUGAAGGGCCACACCAGCAGGACAAGGAUCCAGAGCCGCUGCUGCCGGAGCUGAACCUGCACAUGGGUAGCGGUACCGGCCCCUUCCUGCCCGGCUGCGCUCGGCUGCGGGGCGAGGAGUCGGCCGCGCUGCCUGAGCUGCUCUUUCCCUUCACAUGCCGCAUGUGCGGGCUGGUGCUGGAUGAUGGGUUCGCGCAGGACGAGGGCCUGGCCGAGCAGGUCUGUGGCCGCUGCAGCCUGGCGGUGCUGGGCACUGAACCGGGCUCCAGCCCCCGCAAAGGCACUGGGGACAAAGGCUUUGCCUGCAGCCUCUGCCCCUUUGUCACUCACUACCCCAACCACUUGGCACGGCACAUGAAGACGCACAGCGGGGAGAAGCCCUUUGCCUGCCCGCUCUGCCCCUAUGCCUCCGCCCACCUCGACAACCUGAAGCGGCACCAGCGCGUGCACACGGGCGAGAAGCCCUACAAGUGCCAGCUCUGCGACUACGCCUGCGGCAACCUGGCCAACCUCAAGCGCCAUGGGCGCAUCCACUCGGGUGAUAAGCCCUUCCAGUGCAGCCUCUGCAGCUAUAGCUGCAACCAGAGCAUGAACCUGAAGCGACACAUGCUGCGGCACACGGGUGAGAAGCCCUUCCAAUGCCGGGACUGCUCCUACACCACUGGCCACUGGGACAACUAUAAGCGUCACCAGAAGAUCCAUGGCCACACGGCUGAGAGCUGGGUCAACCCGCGUAAUGCCAAAGCCCUCCUGGCACCUCCUGCCGUGGGCACAGCCCUGCCCUGAGACAGCACUUAGCCCGGCUGCAGGGGCUUGGCCCCACGCCGGGCCCUGGGGGUGCCUCGGUCACAGGGCAUCCCAGCCCCUUGCCGUCUGUGGCCCCUACCCUCCCUGGGGGAGAGAUGGGCAGCAAACUCUGCUGGGGCUCAGGGCUGCCUUAAGCAGGGCCAGCAGCCAUGCCAGGGUCUCCUGCAGCCCUAUCCUUCCUGGGCAGGGCAAAACCACGACGAGCGGUUCUGCCAGGCUUGGGUGCCUGCCCCAGCUGCAGCAGUGCCGUGCCCCCAGGCACUGCGCAGAGUGGCACCUGCCUGUUCCUGCCUGUCAGAGCCUUCCUCUGCCAGAGUUCGGGGAAAGGGGGGAGGGGGGAACAGGACUGGUUCCAUGGCUGUUGCCAUGCCAGUCAGUGUAAUUUAUAUUGUGUAUAAAAGCAUUAAACAGUCAGUUUUGUUAUCUGG